UAUCUGCAGGGAAGCUAUCAAAAUGAAGAAGCUAGGCAUGUAGCUGAGGAAGAGGAGUUUUAUGGAGAAAAUGGAAAUGCACUUGAGAAAUGGAGAAAAUGGAAUCAUUUUCUUGGUUAUCCACAUCCGCGUUCUCCAUCUUCUCAACGAAGUCAUUCCUGUACUAUCAAUCAGCCUCUAUCUAAAUCAUACGAGGCCUACAGCCACUCUCCAUCUGCACUCAAUCUCUCUAGUUCACCUGACUUUGCUCAUCAAUUCCACAUCAACUUUGAUCCUCCCAUGGCUCCGUUGUAUAAGAAGCACCUAAAUUUCGACAAUAGUAAAUUUCAAGAGGUAUUGAGACCAGAUCAUGAUACAGCCCUGGCCUCUCAGCUAUCGUACUCAUCUAAUUAUCUUUUUCCACCUACCACUUCAUACGCCAAUAUUGCUUCAAAAAUUGUGCCUACCAGUUGCCUUAUUUCUGAUAAUCUAAAGCUAUACUCACGCGAACCUCUUGCUUGUUGGUCCAACUCUUCCACAUCGGCAUCCCCAUUUCAAUAUCGCACACGUCAGUCUACACAAUCUUAUCACUCCCUUAGUUUGCCUCCAACUGGAACACGCAGUAACAUAUCGCCUGACAUGAAAGAGAUAGAUCAGGCAGUUGGAUGGACCCCUAACAAACGUUCCGACCAACGUUCUUCUCAGGAGUUCACGCCACACAAAAAAGACUGUCCGAUUGUUUUGCCAGCCUGUCCGGCCUGUUGUCCCUAUUGUAGACACGCCUCACGGCUCAUGCGUGACAUGAAAUUGGCGAGCUCCUCUGAAUCGGAAUAUCACCCAGCUACGUUUUUUGUACCAAUUAAUCCGAUUUCAUCCGGUUGCUUUAAACAGCAGUCUCAAACUCAUCCUUCCUUGACUACGGCUAAUAUGGCGACUGUUUGUGGAUACUGUCUACAAGAUGGCCUGAAAACCGGUUGUGCUAUGGAACCCAAUAUCGAGACGCCAUACACCGUCUUUUUUUCAGGCUCUAGUAAGCGGUGA